AUGAUUAAUAGCUGGAAAUCAGCUGCUACUAAGAAGCCAUAUAUCUUCGAAACCUUUUCUGGAGGCAAGGUCUACGUCUCUGGUACUCCUUCUGUUGCUCGUUUCCUCCUGACAGGGAAAGAAACGGAUGGCAAGUUCAGCAUCCUGACAAGCGGUGGCCAAGUUUUCCCGGCUCCUGUGCCAACUCAUUGUCACAAACAUGUCCACCAUGACUUCCUCUCUAUCAGGGGUCAGUCAAAGGUCUGGCUCAAUGACCAGUGCAGAGUCCUUAGCCCUGAAAACUUCGCCAGUCUAGCUCCUAACGCUGUUCAUGCGUACCAGUUCAUUGGUGAUCACACGGAGAUCUUCAGUAUAAUCAGUCCUGCCGGAUUUGAGCACGUGUUUCGUGGUCUGGGUGAGCCAUAUACCGGUCCGAUGUGGCCGGAUGUCGAUCUUGAGAGGGCAACUGAAAAGCUCAACUCUGGCGUCGCAAAUGUCAUGACCGAGUUUGAUGUGAUUCCUGUACCGGACCAUAACCUUGUUAGGCCACAGCAUUGGGGCGGUUCAGAAUGCCAACUGUCUGGCUCUCAUAAGCCGUACUUUCUCCGUAACUGCACAGGAGCUAGUACUGUUCUCGACGGAACAGUCGACCGUCCAUAUGUCACUGGGGCCAAAUCUGGAAACACAUACAGUCUGGCUACUCUUGAAGGUUCUAGCCAUUUUGAAACGCAGGUUUUGUCUGGCGGAAUUCAGUUCCCAUAUGUCGACGACUGCUUCUUUGUGUUCGAUGGAUAUUUCGAGGUCACUGUAAGUGACACUGACUCCUCACGUAUCGGCCCCGAUGAAGUGGCUUGGUUGCCUGCUGAAACUCACUUCGAUAUCAAGCCUGCCAGCUCCUAUUUUAAAGUCUUUAUAUAUUCACAACCUGGGGGACUCGCCGAUUAA